AUGGCGACGCAGAUCGUGCUGGUGCCGCGCAAGCUGCAGCAGCGGACGCCCUCGAUCGUCGACGGGCUGCCGCGCGAAGUCGAAAUCUCCCAAAGGAUUUAUGGCUGCCAAUUAAUUCAAAAAGCCGGCAUUUUGCUGCAGCUGGAGGCCGUGACGGUGGCCAGCGCGCAGACCAUCUUGCACAGGUUUUACUACCGAAAAAGCCUCAAAAAAUUCGACGUCCGGCUGGUGGCGACGGCGUCGCUGCUGCUGGCCUGCAAACUGGAAGAAGACCCGCGGCGAGUGAAGAGUUUGAUUGAUGUUGUUCACAUUUUGUCGAAAGCAGAAGACACCAACAAAGACAUAACUCUGGAAAACCUGGACGAGCUGCUGCUCGACCAUGACUCCACA